AUGUCUGCGUCAGAUUCUUCAAGAAUAUCCUUUGACGCAAUCCAAGGAAAGCAUGUUCUAGUUGUCGGCGGCAGCGGUCGGGUUGGUGGAAGUGUGGUCACGCAGCUUUUGCAAAGAGGAGCAAAAGUCACAGUAGGUGGGACCAAUCUCAAUAACUUGGAAGCUUCGAGGGCAAGAUGGAGUGAAAUGUUCGAGUCACUGGACGCUAGUUCCAUCGGAUUCUCAAUUUUGGAUCGGGAAAAUCCAGAUUCUGUCAGCAAGGCAAUCCAAGAGAAAUCACCGGACUUGGUCGUUCAUACAGCUGGUCCCUUUCAGGGCAAAGUAGGUACCAUCAAUGGUGUGUUGGAAGCUGCAGUGAACAAUAAGGUUCCAUAUGUCGAUGUGUGUGACGACUACUGCACUGCUCGAGCAGCCAAAUCAAAAUACUCUCAAAUAGCAGAAAGCGGCGACACUCCUUGUAUCGUCAGUACCGGGUGCUGGCCUGGAGUUAGUAGCCUGAUGGCAAAAUCCCUAGCUCAAAAGGUGUUGGCCACUGACAAAUCGUUGAAACCUGAAGACUUGACAGUCGAUUUCUCAUUCUUUACUGCCGGCUCUGGCGGUGCUGGAGCGACACUCUUGGUGGCCACGUUCUUGAUUCUAGCCGAAGAGGCCCUAACAGUAGUGAAGGGACGCCGGACCCCAGUUCCAGCCAUGGUUGGGUACGAGGACAUUAGUUUUGGACCGAUUGUUGGCACCAAACCCGUGGCACCUUUGAAUCUCCUGGAGACUGCCAGUAUUCACGACGUGCUGGGAGUCGGUAGCGUGAAGGCACUCUUUGGAACCGCACCUGGAUUCUGGAACCAAUUGCUUGGAUUGAUGGCCCAGUUGCCUUCUUCCGUCCUUGCCAAUGAAGAUCUAAUGAGCAAAUUGGCCAUUUUCUCACUGCCCAUUGUCCGAGUCGUAGACUACUUUGCGGGCGCCACCAAUGCCAUGCGAUGCGAUGUGAUUGCACCUGAUGCCACCACAAAAGCUAGUGCAAUUUAUGCCCACGAAAACCUAGAACCCUGUGUGGGAGAGUGUGUCGUGGCAUUUUGCUCUGCCGUAUUGUCGGGCAAGGUGGCUCCAGGAAUUUGGUUCCCCGAAGAGGCAAUCAGUUCGGAUCAAGAUAUUGUGGAUGUGCUUUCUUUGGCCAGUGUCGGCGCACACACUACCGAAGUGGAAGGCAUUGUGACGGACAAAACGGAGGUUUGGGGCUAA